UUGAUCUUGCUCUGCCUUGUGUGUUGGGGUGUGGAGCACCGUUCGCGGGCACAGCUUCUGGUUGGUCGUGAAGGCAUUGGAGCUGUGCGGAAACGUGUUUGGUGUGUGUGUGUGUGCGCGCACACAAGGCAGGCAGGACCCGGUGCGGUCGGGUGGAUGCGAUGCGGGUGUGCCGUCUGGUGGGCUCGAACGCUCCCACGCCCGGACGCGGACCAGCUAGGGGACUCGCCUCAUCUGCGGCGUGCGGAGCUGUUGGAACGAGCUGGGGUGGACACGGGCAGCGCAGAACCUAGCCAAAAUGAUGACCGUCUGGGCGCUCCUGAUGAUGCUGCUGGCGGCGCCGGCGCAUGUGCACGUGCUGGAGCUGCCCGUCGCCUGCCCCGAGCAGAGCUGGUGCAUACCCGGCAGCUACUGCGACGCAGACUACGUCAUCUAUGACGCCAGACACGGAGAGGAGGAAGACUUCAUAUGCGGUGCCACAGUCGACACCAUACGCUUCGUCUGCUGCCACACCCAGGAGUUGCUGCCCAACCAGUUCCAGCCCAACGUCAAGCACUGGUAUUACCAGAGGAAGGGCUCGGUGUCGGCGGGUCUGCUGGCGGCGCCAUGGAGCGGUCAUCCUUCAGUGGAUUCCCUUCCUGACGCGGCGUCUGACUACGAUGACUUCGACGACGUGGACGAGGCGGUGGUGGAGGUGGAGGAGGACGAUGGGGAGGACGAUGGGGAGGACGAGCCGCUGGAGCCUCUGCGGGAGCUGCGGAAGCUGACGGAGCCGCUACAGGAAUCACAGGGACCGCAGGAGCCACUGGAGGUGGAGAGGGGUGACGCCGGCGCCGCCGAGAUGCUCGAGUCUCCGUCCGCCGAGAAUCUGUCCACACCGCUCCAUGUGUGUCCACUGGAGCCUCUGCCAGGUGGACCAUGUGCGCUACGAGGUCGGCGUGUCUGAUUCUGAGGACUUCCUGUGCGGCGUCACCGACGACUCUGAGCUGUUCGUCUGCUGCGGACGUCUGAUUCUGAAUGUGGCCUCGGCGGCGCGCGCCGAACCCGACCGUACGUCAACCGUGAGCCAGCUGCCGCUCGGCCACCUGGCCGAAGCCUUCUCGCUCUUCUCGCCUCCGCCGGAGGUCACGACCCCGGCGCCGCCGCCCUCGCCCGAGGCUGUAGAGGCGGCCAAGACCCAUAACCACUAUUUGCACGAGGUGUUGUUCCAGGAGCGGAGGCGGAGGGAGGUCGCCAGUGCUCUCCCACUCGGCCAGGUGAUAUACCCAUCCGAGAUCGCGCGGGAGCGUCUCAAAGAUCAGAACGGCGCUCCCGAAGCUGCCGUCGAGACCACUUUCAGAUCGACUCUGGGCGGCCGCUUGAAGCCAGCGAGCUCGGCCGGCAGGGUGAAGCUGGGCGGGUUGACGCCACCUCCGGCAGCGACGACUGGUGAGCCUGACGUUAGUCGUGAGUUGCCAAUUCCGCCGCGGCCGCCACCCCAACCACAGCAGCCGCAGCCGCAGCCGCAGCCGCUCGAGUCGCUCGCCUUCAUUGCGCCGCCGCCGGUGUCUCCGCCGCUUGCGACGCCGCCGCCUGCCGCCGCCGCCACAGCCCCACCUCUAGCGGCUAUCUCUGUGGCGCCGCGGACGGUGCCGACACCAAUCAACGCGGACGUGCGUCCCCUGAAGGCGGCCAUCUGGCGGGGAAGCGACGCGGAAGACGGCACGCCUGACGAGGAGGCUGCGAGCGGCCGCACCUCGGCCAAGGAGGCGGGGUCGGGCAGCAUCCUGAGUCAGAUCCUGGACAGUCUGCCGGGCGGACCAAACUCGCGCCACCACGAAGAGGGGCUGCCGCCACGGCGCGGCCAGUUCUUCGCGCCGCUGCCCGUGCGGCGGCCGCCGACGGCUCACCAGCCGGCCAGGCCGCCCGUCGGACUGCGGCCGCCGUUCCCCGAGCCGGACUUCGAGCCGCCCCACCUGCGGCCGGGACACCAGGAUCCGCCCCACCUGAGGCCGGGACACCAGGAGCCGCCCCACCUGAGGCCAGGACACCAGGAUCCGCCGCACCUGAGGCCAGGGCACCAGGAGCCGCCGCACCUGAGGCCGGGACACCAGGAUCCGCCACACCUGAGGCCAGACCAUUUGGGCUCCUCUCAUCAGCAGCCGCCUCACCGUGAUCCCCCUCACUUUGAGCGUCCUGGACUGGAUGUACAUCACGUCCAGCAACAUCACUCCCUAAACCACCCGACGGUGGCGCCGCUCUGCGGCCGCGGUAGCGAGCUGGGGCUGCACGCGCGCAUCACGACGCAGCGCGGCGAGGACGGCGUGACCGGCUACGGCGAGUACCCGUGGCACGUGGGCGUGCUGGCGGCCGACCUGAGCUACCUGUGCGCCGGCGUGCUGGUGGCGCCGCGCAUGGCGCUGACAGUAGCCCACUGCGUGGCUCAGCGGCCCGUCGGCGCGCGCCUCGUUGCGCGCGUUGGCGACUGGGACUUGGCCGCCGACGACGAGCUCUACGAUGCCUACGACGUCGAGGUGGUGCAGGUUAUAGUGCACCCCGACUACUACGCGGGCAACUUGCAGAACGACGUAGCGCUGCUGAUGCUGGACCCGCCGGUGGAGGGGCUGCCGCACGUCCUGCCAGCCUGCCUGCCGCCGCCGCACGCAGACUUCACACACCAACACUGCUGGGUGACCGGCUGGGGUCAGGCGCGCCAUGUCUCCGGGGACGUGCACGACCCCACCUCCUACAGCUGGCUGUUGCGCGAGGCGCCGGUGGCUGUGGUGCCGCCACGCUCGUGCCAGCAGCACCUGCGCUCCACCCACCUGGGCCCGUUCUUCCAGCUGGCGGCGCGCGGCGUGCUGUGUGCCACCGGCCGGGCCGGCAGCGACGCCUGCUUCGGGGACGGCGGCGGCGCCGUGGUCUGCCCGCUGGCCCAGGACGGGCCCGACGGGCCGCUCUACGUGGCAGGCCUGGUGUCCUGGGGCAUCGGCUGCGGCCAGGACAUCCCUGCCGUCUACACCAAGGUCUCCGACUACUACGACUGGAUCGUCGGCCACGUGAAGGACGUCAACACCAUCGCGCUGUUCCAGUACGCCCGAGCGGCCGACGCUCGAUGAACGGAGCGGCGCGGAGCGAAGCCGGCGUUGUUGAUGCUGAAUGUGAUUUAUGGUGAUGACAAUACAUCAUGAACGGAG